AUGUCGGCACCACAGCUACCUACGAAAUUCCCCUGCUGGUGUCGCGCAGUUUACUCCUGGGGAGGUGAAACCGACAAAGACCUUGGAUUCAUCGAGGGCGACCUGAUAGAAUGCCUCAAUGCGGGAGAUGGCUCAUGGUGGAUGGGAAGGCUGCGCAGAGACAAGAGAAUGAUGGGACUUUUCCCUUCUAACUUUGUUGUCGUUCUCGAGGACGGCUUUGUGCCUCAGAGUCGAUCAGUCAGCCCGUUGUUGGAUUUGCACAAAAGUGACAGCGCAAGCAGGAAUUCCGUGGCAAAUGUCGAAGAAAAGAAGGGGAGAGCAAAGUCCCGAAGACCAUUUCAAGGUUACAAGAGUGCCAAAGCACCGAUUGACGCACCUCCCCAAACGGCGCCUGCGGCCGCGCCAACACAACAAUCAUACGACCCCAGAAAUCCUCCCUCUACAGUUUUGUGGCAGCAGAGGCCGCCUCCAAGAGCUCCUUCCAGGUCACCGUCUCCAUUACCACAUCAUGAGAUUGGAUCAUCUCCUCCGCCUCCUCCCCCGCCUCACCGGGUGCUUGGAGGUCCUGUGUCUUCGAUAUCCAGGGCUCCUUCACCUGUACCACCAGCAUUUGACAUGAAUGACCGCUAUCAGACCUUCUCUCGCACUCCUUCUCCUGCUCCGCCCUCGAUCAAUGGACACACUCCCCCCAUGAUUCGAAAUGCGAUGGAUGAUGUGAUGUCCUCGUUGGAUGACAUGACGCUCGUCAGACACGAGUCAACCCACGGAAAAGAACAGGAAUUCAAUCCUUGGUCGCCGGAAGCUUUUGACAAUUUUCGUCGCCCGGAAGAAAGGCCAAACCCUCGACCGUUGACAAGUCUGGGACUAGGAGCCAGUGGAAUCCAUUGUUCGGAGGGACGUAUCAACAACAGCAGUCGCCUCGAUGACCCCGAUCGGUUUCAAGAGGGUCCGCCCCGGCUUGAAAAUUACGUACAGAGGAUGGAAAGCCGGCUACGCCGUAUGCAGCAAUUGCGAGAAGGCCGCGACCCAGGUGAAGUUGGAAGUGACCCUCCAGAACCACCACCGAAGAAUUCCCCGUGGCAUUCGAGACCCGGCUCAUCCAUGGGGGGACGGCGGUUGUCAAUGCGGAAGCGAAAAUCCGCAUUUGAGCUGGGGUCAGACAGUCUCGCGAGAACCUACACAGCCAAAACGAGCUCUACGAAUUCCAGCUCUGGAGUCCAAAGUGUUGCCACCAAUUCCUCGCAUCAAACCAGCAUGACAAGCCAAAGUAUAAUGAGCGGAUAUUCUGCAAGUGCCAUCAGUGCUACCAGUGCCGGAAGUCUAGCUCGAAAGCGAAUGGGAAGCAUUCGGGAGCGCAUAACGAGGCCAAUGACCAGCGCAGGCACCAGAUCUGACGAGUGGAGCCCAACCGAUAUGUGGCCCAAAACACCAAAUACUGGAUUUUCCCACCACUCAGCUCACGAUUCGAGACAAGGCGCGAAGUCGGCGGUGGGCUGGGAAGAUGCAAAUAGGGGUACAACUGGCGGGCUUGGUGGCUUCACCACUCCAAAAGCUAAGAAACCUGGCUUUUUCAAGAAAUUGAUGGACAGUGCAAAGACAGGUGCUGCAAGUGCCCGGAGCACCAUUUCAGCCAGCCAGACAGGAAGUAAUGCAGGCUCACCGACGAAGAUGACGGGUAUUGCUGGAGGUACAGCAUUCAAUGCACCUGUCCGAAGCUCUACUUCAAACGGCGCAUUCGGGAGAGACGCUGCGAAGGAGAUGGGCCUGACCAGCGGAGCUUCGGGAGCGUACAUCCUGACUCGGCGCGAUGUCAAUCGAUCAAACACACCAGGACCGUCGGAACGUCAAGAACGGGCUGAUCGAUGUCACAUGUUAGAUCAACCGGUGAUCUGCCCUGUCGAAGAACUGUACGAAAAUCUGCAAGGCGAUGCAGAUGCCGACGGACGCCCUGUUUAUGAACCCUUCCAACUUAGCAACCCGAGCUUCAGUCAGGUGGAUAAGGCAGCUCGGUUCAUCACCACUUUACCAAGCAGCAUCACAGCUGCAAGUCUAGCGACGGGCUACAUCUGUCGUCCGUAUCGCAGCGGUGUCCAAAGAUUGCGUGCAAUCUUCACAUGGUGCGCCGAGAGGAUCAGCUGGGAAGAAGACUUGGACAUGGACGGCUUCAACCACAACCGGCCAAUUGACACGAGGAAAGUCAUUCAGACCAAACGAGGAAGCAGUCAAGAGAUUUCAGCCCUGGUGCUUGAAAUGUGCAUCGCCAUCGGCAUUCAUGCUGAAAUCGUGCACGGAUACCUUAAGACACCAGGCGAAGACCUCGAUCUGGACGCGAUAUCCCGACCAAAUCAUUUCUGGAACGCCAUCCUCGUCGACGGAGAGUGGAGGAUGAUGGAUGCCAGCCUCGCAAGUCCGACGAAUCCCAAAAGACUGCUCUAUUCUAGUGUCAGCAUCAGCAUUGCGGAGGCAUGGUAUUUCUUGACGAGACCAAGUGAGAUCUGCUGGACGCACGUGCCUGUCGACGACGCGCAACAACACAUGGUCCCGAGCAUCAGCCCGGAUGUCCUCCUCAGUCUGCCUGGCACAUGCCCGCCUUUCUUUAGACAAGGCUUAUCAAUGCACGCAUAUGACACGAGCGUUAUCCGAAUGGAUGGUCUAGAAAUGUGCACGUUCAGCAUUAACGUCCCUCCGGACGUGGAAAUCGUUGCAGAAGUAGAGGCCAGGAAAUACCUUCGUGAUCAAGAUGGCGAUGUCUACGAGGACGCAGACAACGUGACCAAAAAGAGAGCAUUGGCACAACCGAGUUGGUACAGAACCAUGCCCAACGCUGAGAUCACUCAGAAGCGGUAUGUCGUUAAAGCAGUCUUGCCGGGAGAUGAGGGCAUGGCGGUGCUCAAAGUCUACGCGGGCAAGAAGGGCUUGAUGCUCAGUUCGAGAGAUAUCGUGCAUCCGCUGGCGCUCGCCUUGCCCUUGUACAACACCGGUGAGAACCCGGCGUACGACUUUGUGAUGCGGCAUCCUACACCUCACGCGACGAGGCAAGAUCUCUACGUGGUCCAACCACAAUGCUGGAGACUUGGUGCAGGAGAGACAUAUGUCUUCUGCGUGCGUCAACAUGCCGCAGCAGUUGCGUCCACGCCAGCAAACGAACAAAACGGCUUCGAUAUCCGUCCUACCAGUCCCAAUCCGCUCGUUCGACCUACCAGUGCCAUGAGCAUGACCAGCAGUGCAGCAGGCAGUAAUCCAAGCGAGCAUAACAGCAACAUGAACGGUACUACAGGCGUCAAGGUCAAAGACAAACCUGCAAAACUCGCAAUCCAAAGCCCCGGCGGCAAAAUCAUCCGAUUGAACCGUAAACAUGAGGGUCUGCCGCAGCCAACCGCAUUGAAAGAAAUUGACGGCGAGAUACUUGGGAGUUUCUGGGAAACAGUAGUCAAGGUCCAGGAGCGAGGCAUUUGGCGAGGUCUCGUGCUCGCGGAUCGCAGUGCGAGAUGGUGCGUCUGGGGUGAAUGGGAGUGUGUUUAA